UUGAAUUUUUCUUAGAAUAUUGUAAAACUAGGAGGUUGUGCGAGUAUGCGGAGUCAUCUGCAAGUAAGGGCCGGGCCAAGCUGAAGCUUUCUGAAGCGCAAUGAAGAUCACUAGCACCAGGAUGGAGGAAGAAGUGGACGCCUCUGUGAUGGUGCCGAUCUCUCCGCUGAGUAUAGUGCUAACUGGAGUCUCCGUCGUCUUGCGCUUCAUUUCCAUCAUCAUCAACUGGAGUCUGGCCUAUGAUUAUUGGCUGGAGGGAUCCUACAGCUACACAGCCUGGACAAUUGGAUCGAUUCUGUUGCCCAUGGUGAUCACAUCGGCCGUAUACACGAAUGUAUUGUCUGCCAGCAACUCAGACCAGAGGGGCAUGUACUCCACUGUUGUGCUGUCAUAUCUCUUUCGGGACGGAUAUGCCCUACAUUAUGCCCUGGAGUACAGCAAAGCACAAACACAAGGCCACAAAGAGUUAGAAAUAAAAUACUAUCAGCAAAUGCUGAGGGAAGAGUGUGAUGUGGGUUUUAUCCGGCUCUUUGAUUCGUUUCUGGAAUCUGCGCCCCAAAAAAUACUUCAGCUUGUGAUACUGAUGCGAUCUUCAAAGAAAUUGACAUAUUAUCGCCUGUUGGCUUUCUUGAUAUAUUUUGUUAGCAUUGCAUGGUGCAUACAGGCCUAUAAUCGUUCUAAUCGCCUGGUGCAGCUAGACAAAUAUGAUAUAGCGGCCAAGGGGCGUUUUGUGCAAUUCCUUUUUCUCCUAUGUCUCACGGGUAACUCAGUCGACCAUGUAAUUAUUAUAACCGGUAUGCACUCUAUACAUAUUUUUUAUUUCGCAGUUUCACGCACUUUAUGCAUUGCGUAUAUGGCCAGUCUCUUCCCCCUGGAAACACUGGGGGUGUGCAUCCUUCAUGUAUGUUUUUGUGGCACUGUCGUCUUUGUGUUGGACUCGCCAGCGAUUGCCAAAUCUAGAAUGUUAAACUAUAUCUAUUGCCUGACCUUUGGCGUGGUGUAUAUAUUUAUUUUCACCCCUGUAAAAGAUGGACCAACAAAGUAUAAGUACACCUCGUACCUGACAUUUUGCCUUUUGCAAAACAUUAUCGUCUGUGUUCUAUAUAUCGCCCUGUAUUUUUCUAUUGCCAUUAUUGCCUUAUAUGUUUGUGGUAUCCUACUCACGAUCUAUUACUAUCUUUACUGCCACCCAAGUAUUUUAUGUCCAUAGAUAUCCACUUAGAUUUUUGUAAAUUUG